AACCUCGUUGUUUGUCUCCAUCCUUUUGAAAUGCAACUGGAAGAAGAAAUAGGCGAAAUCAGCUGGCGUAAGUUAGCAUCGAGACUUUGGUUGACGGGAGACCAGAUCGAGACUCUCAAAGACAAAGACUUGAUGAUUGAUUCGACGAAAACGUAAUCUGGGUUUUCUUUAUUUCUCUUCCAUUUCAUUGUCAAUCCAGUUUCAAGGAAUCAAAGUGUAUCCGAAAGUAAAUCCUCAACUUCGUUAGUUCAAAGGAUUCUGCCAUUGGGGCCUCCUCCUUGAACUGGCCCGCCCAUCGAUAGAGCUUAUUUGAGUUUAUUAGUACUAGUUUCAACUGACUGGAGAUUAGCGACAAAAUUUCAUGAAAACGGUGUUCUUAAUCAGGCCUCCUGUUCAUUGAAGAUAGAAGUAAUCAGCAGGUCCUCAUUGGCAAUGAAAUCCUACGAACACGAUGGAGUAGACUUGGAAGAUGGGAACACACGAAAAGCGGGAGAUAAGCCAACUCUGAGAAAGAUACCUAAUCAGGCUUUGUUGUCCGGUUUAGCUUAUUGCGUUUCAUCAUGCAGCAUGAUACUGGUGAACAAGUUUGUUCUUUCCAGCUACAACUUCAAUGCUGGGAUAUUUUUAAUGUUAUACCAGAAUUUUGUCUCAGUGAUCAUUGUGGUGGCUUUGAGCUUAAUGGGUCUAAUAACAACGGAACCACUGACCUGGAGAUUGAUAAAGGUCUGGUUCCCCGUGAACGUGAUAUUUGUUGGCAUGCUUAUCACAAGCAUGUUUAGCUUGAAAUACAUCAAUGUGGCAAUGGUCACUGUCUUGAAGAAUGUCACUAAUGUAAUAACAGCAGUUGGUGAGAUGUAUCUAUUCAACAAGCAUCACGACAACAGAGUGUGGCUUGCUCUCUUCUUAAUGAUCAUUUCCGCAGUAUCUGGAGGGAUAACAGAUCUAUCUUUCAAUGCUGUUGGCUAUGCUUGGCAAAUCGCUAAUUGCUUCUUAACUGCAUCGUACUCUCUGACAUUGAGAAAGACCAUGGAUACGGCCAAGCAAGUUACUCAGUCUGGAAAUUUAAACGAGUUCUCCAUGGUUUUGCUUAAUAACACACUUUCAUUACCACUUGGCCUCAUUCUUUCUAUUGCCUUCAACGAGAUGGAUUAUCUGUAUAACACGCCACUUCUGCGAUUGCCAGGUUUUUGGAUGGUCAUGACACUCAGUGGACUUCUAGGUCUUGCCAUUAGCUUCACUUCAAUGUGGUUUCUUCAUCAAACCGGAGCUACAACAUACAGCUUGGUGGGAUCGCUAAACAAAAUACCUCUGUCUAUUGCGGGGAUCGUUCUUUUUCAUGUACCUACCAGUUUGCAGAACUCAGCAAGCAUACUCUUUGGUCUUGUGGCUGGAGUUGUUUUUGCCAGAGCCAAAAUGAGAGAGAAGUCGUAGAAACAGUUGCCGUUUCAACACAUCUUACCACAUGAAUUAGUUGUAUCGUUCAUGCCCAAAGAUGAUUAAACUUCCCCAAAUCCAAUUGUUUGUGACGUAGAAAUGGAUUUACAACAUCACAAUUAUAGUGAAAAUUUCUGUUUGUUUCGUAGUAACUAUUAAAGCAUUUGCCACACUCUAUGACUAGUGGUAAGAUUUGUAGUAAAAUACUAAUGAAUGUAUUGAUUAUUGAGUAGUAAACAAAGUGCUUGUUUAUAU